AUGAGCGCCGUGUUCUGUGGUGAGCAGGACCCGGCCGGUAAUGGCUCCGACAUGAUGGGUGAGGAUUCUCUGGCUACGCCGCCAGACGACAGAUACAACCUGCUGCACGAUAACUGUGCAAGGCCGCUGUAUCACAAUGGCGCUAACUCCGUCACCAUCUCGGCCUGGGCCGAGGUUUGGGACUACCUUGGCGGCACGAGCUAUCGCGCUUUCGUUGCCGACCAAAAUGGCGAGAAGACUCUCUUUGCCUUCCUCGACCAUAACAUCAUCGACCUGGAUUUGAAGCAAGGGCUCAUGGCCCUCAUCGAACUUGCUGAAUCCGCUCUAGGUUGCGCCCGCAUCGUCAUGUGUGUCGACCGUGACGUUUCCCGGAGCCAAGCCCAGGCCGUCCUCAAGAGCUUCCGCUGGGUCGGCUUCGAUCUCGCCACGCUCGAUUUCCUCUCUACAGACCUCGAUGUCACCAGCGAGAAAUGGCUGUUUUUGAGCAUGGACGUUUGA